AUGAGAUUAAUCCCCACUGUUCUAGAUUCGCAUCCCUCAUCUACGCCACCAAGCCGGUCCACUUCUCAAUCCUUCACAAUGUCCGAUCAUAGUGAAUACCUUUCCGAGCAUAUGUCUUCCCAGGACAACGGGCUGAGACCACUGUCCAAUGCGGACGACUUGUCUCUUGGAAACCCUAACAACGCCGACUUGUCUCGUAUCAUGAGCCGUGCUGGAAUUGCACUAGCCAAUGGUUUUCCGAUUGAUGAUGAUGAUGACGACGAUGACGAGGUGGAUGAGGACUAUGCUGCGGCCGAUCAGGAUGACGAUGCAACCGAUUUCCCUUACUGGCUCCGCCGCCCGCCCUCCCACAACCGCACAAAGCUGGAUGAGCUGCAUCCUUUCGUCCAAUUGCUCUCCGCAUCCAAUGUGGAAGAUUGUGUGAAAGUAGAGGAAGCUUUCCCCGAGCAGGAGCGUUGCUCCCACGAUAAGUUCGUUUACCGUCUCACCAGAUGCCCCGAGCUCAGUUUGGGCCUCUUCACUCUCCCUAUCCUCGCAGAAGGAGAAGCGAAACCCCGCCCAAUCCUCGUUGGACACAUCAUUGCUACUCGCACUUCAGAGCCCCUUGUGACAGACCGGUCGAUGCGACUUCCGGCCAAUUGGAAAAAAGAGCGUUGGUCCAUUGAGGAUGGACAGGCCGUUGGUCACGAAGAAGGUGGUAGCACUAUUGCCAUUCAUUCCCUUGCCGUGGACCCAGAGCACCAGGGCAAGCAGGUCGGAAGCACAUUGAUGAAGUCAUAUAUCCAGCGUAUUAGAGAUGCACAGAUUGCUGAGCGCAUCGCAAUCAUUGUACACGAUCACUUGAUUCCCUUCUACGAGUCAUUUGGCUUCGAGUCUCAUGGCCCUAGCAAGUGUCAGUUCGGUGGUGGUGGUUGGGUUGAUAUGAUCCUGGAGUUUGGCCCCGAGCCUGUUGAGGAGUGA